AUGGCAUCUGAACACAAAGCCAACUUUACUACUCGGCCAGGCCAUGCAGACCCUUAUACAAGUUGCAAGGAUGAGGAUUUCUUACAGGUGAAAUCCUAUCUCUCCGUCCUUUACAGCCUCAUCUUUCUGGUGUGCUUCCCAGGAAACGUUGUGACAAUUUGUAUAUACUUUUUCAAGAUGAGGCCCUGGAAAAGCAGCACCAUCAUUAUGUUAAACCUGGCUGUCACAGACCUAUUAUAUAUAGCCACACUUCCUUUCUUUAUACAUUACUCUGCUAAUGGAAAUAACUGGAUUUUUGGAGACUUCAUGUGCAAGUUUAUUCACUUUGGUUUCUACUUCAACAUGUACAGUGGCAUUAUCUUCCUUAGCUGCUUCAGCCUCUUCCGCUUUUUUGUAAUCGUUUACCCAAUUAGAUGCUUUUUCAUUCAAAAACGGAGAUGGGUAGUGGUGACUUGCAUAGUAGUUUGGAUAAUUUCCCUAGCAGCCAUCAGCCCCUUGGGCAUCUUGAUUGCCACGAAAGAUACACAGAACAGAACGAUCUGCCUGGACCUAGCUACUGCUGAGGACCUUGAUACCAGUCGAUGGUAUAACUGGCUCCUGACAACGUUUGCCUUCUUCUUGCCCUUGCUGACAGUGACGCUGUGCUACGUCCUCAUCAUUUAUGCCUUGGCUAGGGGGCCCCACAUGCAGGCUUGCUACAGGCAAAAGGCCCGCAGACUUGCCGUUGUCCUCUUGGUGGUCUUUUAUGUGUGCUUCCUCCCUUUCCACAUCUUUCGGGGGAUUCACAUCGAGCUCCGACUGAGACCAGUUAGCUGCCACUUGAAGAACCUGAUCCUUUUUAUGUUUGUUUUAGCUAAACCCUUAGCAGCGUUAAAUACGUUUGGUAACUUACUGCUUUAUGUGGUGACAGGAGACAACUUCCAGCAGGCUAUUCUUUCGCUCCUCAAGGUCCAGACGAACCAGAAUCUGAAACAGAGGAACUCUAUGCCAUAA